AUGCACGAGUGGGAAUUAGAAAAUACUGGGGAUGAUGGUGUGAGGGUGUUGGAUCCUACAAGCGACGAUUUGGAGUUAGGAGGAACUACGGGACCUCCCGGGGCAGGAGAAUUAUUAGAAUUAGAAGGAGACGGGGAAGGGGAAAAAGAUGACGAGGAAAAGCCAGAAGUAAAAGAAGAAGUAAAAGAAGAAGUCAAGGAAGAAGUAAAGGAAGAAGUAAAAGAAGAGGUAAAAGAAGAAGUAAAAGAAGAGGUAAAAGAAGAAGUAAAAGAAGAAGUAAAGGAAGAAGUCAAGGAAGAAGUAAAAGAAGAAGUAAAAGAAGAAGUAAAAGAAGAAGUCAAGCAAGAAGUAAAAGAAGAAGUAAAGGAAGAAGUAAAAGAAGAAGUAAAAGAAGAAGUAAAGGAAGAAGUCAAGGAAGAAGUAAAAGAAGAAGUAAAGGAAGAAGUCAAGGAAGAAGUAAAAGAAGAAGUAAAAGAACAAGUCAAGCAAGAAGUAAAAGAAGAAGUAAAAGAAGAAGUAAAAGAAGAAGUAAAAGAAGAAGUAAAAGAAGAAGUAAAAGAAGAAGUAAAAGAAGAGGUAAAAGAAGAAGUAAAAGAAGAAGUAAAAGAAGAAGUAAAGGAAGAAGUAAAGGAAGAAGUAAAGGAAGAAGUAAAGGAAGAAGUAAAAGAAGAAGUAAAAGAAGAAGUCAAGGAAGAAGUAAAAGAAGAAGUAAAGGAAGAAGUAAAAGAAGAAGUAAAAGAAGAAGUCAAGCAAGAAGUAAAAGAAGAGGUAAAGGAAGAAGUUAAGGAAGAAGUAAAAGAAGAGGUAAAGGAAGAAGUUAAGGAAGAAGUAAAGGAGGAAGUAAAGGAAGAAAUAAAAGAAGAAGUAAAGGAAGAAGUUAAGGAAGAAGUAAAAGAAGAGGUAAAGGAAGAAGUUAAGGAAGAAGUAAAGGAGGAAGUAAAGGAAGAAAUAAAAGAAGAAGUUAAAGAAGAAGUAAAAGAAGAAGUCAAGGAAGAAGUAAAAGAAGAGGUAAAGGAAGAAGUUAAGGAAGAAGUAAAAGAAGAGGUAAAGGAAGAAGUCAAGGAAGAAGUCAAGGAAGAAGUAAAAGAAGAAGUCAAGGAAGAAGUAAAAGAAGAAGUAAAAGAAGAAGUCAAGGAAGAAGUAAAAGAAGAAGUCAAGGAAGAAGUAAAAGAAGAAGUAAAAGAAGAAGUCAAGGAAGAAGUAAAAGAAGAAGUAAAAGAAGAAGAAGAAGUAAAAGAAGAAGUAAAAGAAGAAGUAAAAGAAGAAGUAAAAGAAGAAGUAAAAGAAGAAGUAAAAGAAGAAGUAAAGGAAGAAGUAAAAGAAGAAGUAAAGGAAGAAGUAAAAGAAGAGGUAAAGGAAGAAGUUAAAAAAGAACUAAAAAGCGGACUAAAAGCGAAGUGGAAGAAAUGGAAGAAAAAUAAGAAACAAACAAAGGAGGAAGUAAAGGAAGAAGUAAAGGAAGAAGUUAAGGAAGAAGUAAAAGAAGAGGUAAAGGAAGAAGUUAAGGAACAAAUAAAAGAAGAGGUAAAGGAAGAAGUAAAGGAAGAAGUAAAGGAAGAAGUAAAAGAAGAAGUAAAGGAAGAAGUAAAGGAAGAAGUAAAAGAAGAAGUUAAAAAAGAACUAAAAAGCGGAAUAAGUGCGAAAUGGAAGAAAUGGAAGAAAAAUAAGAAACAAACAAAGGAGGAAGUAAAGGAAGAAGUAAAAGAAGAAGACAAGGAAGAAGUAAAAGAAGAAGAAGAAGAAGAAGAAGAAGAGGAAGAUGUAAAAGAAGAAGUAAAGGAAGAAGUAAAAGAAGAAGUAAAGGAAGAAGUAAAAGAAGAGGUAAAGGAAGAAGUAAAAGAAGAGGUAAAGGAAGAAGUUAAGGAACAAAUAAAAGAAGAGGUAAAGGAAGAAGUAAAGGAAGAAGUAAAAGAAGAAGUAAAGGAAGAAGUAAAAGAAGAAGUUAAAAAAGAACUAAAAAGCGGAAUAAGUGCGAAAUGGAAGAAAUGGAAGAAAAAUAAGAAACAAACAAAGGAGGAAGUAAAGGAAGAAGUAAAAGAAGAAGUAAAGGAAGAAGUCAAGGAAGAAGUAAAAGAAGAAGUAAAGGAAGAAGUAAAAGAAGAAGUAAAGGAAGAAGUCAAGGAAGAAGUAAAAGAAGAAGUAAAGGAAGAAGUCAAGGAAGAAGUAAAAGAAGAAGUAAAGGAAGAAGUCAAGGAAGAAGUAAAAGAAGAAGUAAAGGAAGAAGUCAAGGAAGAAGUAAAAGAAGAAGUAAAAGAAGAAGUCAAGGAAGAAGUAAAGGAAGAAGUAAAAGAAGAAGUCAAGGAAGAAGUAAAAGAAGAAGUCAAGGAAGAAGUAAAAGAAGAGGUAAAGGAAGAAGUUAAGGAAGAAGUAAAAGAAGAGGUAAAGGAAGAAGUUAAGGAAGAAGUAAAAGAAGAGGUAAAGGAAGAACUUAAGGAAGAAGUAAAGGAGGAAGUAAAGGAAGAAAUAAAAGAAGAAGUAAAGGAAGAAGUAAAAGAAGAAGUUAAGGAAGAAGUAAAAGAAGAAGUUAAAAAAGAACUAAAAAGCGGAAUAAGUGCGAAAUGGAAGAAAUGGAAGAAAAAUAAGAAACAAACAAAGGAGGAAGUAAAGGAAGAAGUAAAAGAAGAAGUAAAGGAAGAAGUCAAGGAAGAAGUAAAAGAAGAAGUAAAAGAAGAAGUCAAGGAAGAAGUAAAAGAAGAAGUAAAAGAAGAAGUCAAGGAAGAAGUAAAGGAAGAAGUAAAAGAAGAAGUCAAGGAAGAAGUAAAAGAAGAGGUAAAGGAAGAAGUUAAGGAAGAAGUAAAAGAAGAGGUAAAGGAAGAAGUUAAGGAAGAAGUAAAAGAAGAGGUAAAGGAAGAACUUAAGGAAGAAGUAAAGGAGGAAGUAAAGGAAGAAAUAAAAGAAGAAGUAAAGGAAGAAGUAAAAGAAGAAGUUAAGGAAGAAGUAAAAGAAGAAGUUAAAAAAGAACUAAAAAGCGGAAUAAGUGCGAAAUGGAAGAAAUGGAAGAAAAAUAAGAAACAAACAAAGGAGGAAGUAAAGGAAGAAGUAAAGGAAGAAGUAAAGGAAGAAGUAAAAGAAGAAAUCAAGGAAGAAGUAAAAGAAGAGGUAAAGGAAGAAGUAAAAGAAGAAGUCAAGGAAGAAGUAAAAGAAGAAGUAAAAGAAGAAGUCAAGGAAGAAGUAAAAGAAGAAGUAAAAGAAGAAGUCAAGGAAGAAGUAAAGGAAGAAGUAAAAGAAGAAGUCAAGGAAGAAGUAAAAGAAGAAGUCAAGGAAGAAGUAAAAGAAGAAGUUAAGAAAGAAGAGGAAGUAAAAGAAGAAGUAAAGGAAGUAGUAAAAGAAGAAAAGGAGGAGAAAGAAGAAGAAAAGGAAGAGGAGGAGGAGGAGGAGAAGGAGAAAGAAAAAUUAACGGAUGAUGAAGGAGACAAAACCCCAGGGUUUCCUUUAAAACCUGAAGAUUUUGCAAAAGGACCAUUACUAAUUACAGAGGAGAGCCCAUUCCAGGAAGGCUUAGAAGAUGAUUGGGAAGGAUUGAGGGAUAAAUUAAAUGAGGCAAGAGAAAAAUGGGUGAAGCAGAAUAAUGAAGAUUGGGAGAACUGGUUGCGCACAGUAGAGAAUAAAUAUUCGGGACAUAAUAAAGGCCCAGCAAAAAAGGAAGACACUCCAUCAUUGAGAAAAGAAGAUUGUAAGGACGGUAAAUGGAAAAAAUGGUUUAACACGAAAGCAAAAUCCACAGGUGGUGAUUCACAGUCGAAAGGUUCUUCAAAGGGCUCAUCUUCGAAGAAAUAG